AUGGCGAAGCCGUCGGAGCACGUCAAGCGCCCCAUGAACGCCUUCAUGGUGUGGUCGCGGGCGCAGCGGCGGAAGAUGGCGCAGGAGAACCCCAAGAUGCACAACUCGGAGAUCUCCAAGCGGCUGGGCGCGGAGUGGAAGCUGCUCUCCGAGGCCGAGAAGCGGCCCUUCAUUGACGAGGCCAAGCGCCUCCGCGCCAUGCACAUGAAGGAGCACCCGGACUACAAGUACCGCCCGCGGCGCAAGCCCAAAACUCUGCUGAAGAAGGACAAGUUCGCUUUCCCCGUGGUGGGGCCCUACGCCCUGCCGCCCGAGGACCACCACCACCACCAUCACCACCACCCCCUGGGCGCCCACCACCCCCACCACGCGCACCUCAAGGCCUCCUCCGCCGCCCUCCACGGCCACGAGGCGCUGCUCAACCCAGAGAAGGCCGCCGCCGCAGCCGCCGCCGCCGCCGCGCGCGUUUUCUUCCCGCCCAGCGUGGGGCCCUACUCGCUCCUGGACCUGGGCUCCAAGAUGGCCGCGGAGAUCUCCUCCUCGUCGUCGUCCUCCUCUACGCCCUCCGGGUCGGUGACCACGGCGGCGGGGCUGCCCUACGCGGCGUCUUCCUUGGCUUACCCGACGGCAGCGACGGUGGGCGCUUUCCACGCAGCGGCGGCGGCGGCGCACACUCACUCGCACCCGUCGCCGGGCAACCCGGGCUACAUGAUCCCCUGCAACUGCAGCGCCUGGCCCGGCCCGGGACUCCAGCCCCCGCCGCUGGCCUACAUCCUCCUGCCCGGGAUGGGCAAGCCGCCCAUGGACCCCUACCCCGCCGCCGCCGCCUACGCCGCCGCCGCCGCAGCGCUAUGACCCCCAGAGCCAGCGGCGCCGGGCCACACUUGCUGUACAGCAGGCAUGGGCAAACUUUCUAACUUGGGGGCCGCAUUUCUGGUGGGCCGGGGUGGAGGGAGGGGGGUCUCCCCAAGCCCCCUCCCUGCCCUUUCCUCCUCUUCCUCUGUCGGGAAACUUUUGCAUUCCAAAAGAGUUGGCUUUGGCCAGGAUGAGAUGGUGAAUGGGAGAGGGAAAGUGUAUCCGUUAGAUUCCCCCCCCCCCCUUGCCUACUCCUGAUAUAGAAUCAGAGCUGGAAGAGACCCCCAAGGGCCAUCCAGUCCGACCCCCUGCCAUGCAAGACGGCACAAUCAAAACACGGUGUUGUCCAAAGCUUUUCUGUGAGUUUUCCGGCUUGGAUGGCCAUGUUCCAUAAGCGUUUUCUCCUGACUUUUCGCCCACAUUUAUGGCAGGCAUCCUCAAAGUUUGUGAGGGGAUUAAUUGCAGCAUUCACACUUGCCUCCAACAGACAAGAGCUCUUUCUCCCACCCUGGACCUUCCAUGGAUAUAUAAACCCCUCUUGCCUAGUUUCCAUCAGACCUCACAACCUCUGAGGAUGCCUGCCAUAGAUGUGGGCAACAUUUCAGGAGAAAAUGCUUCUGGAACAUGGCCAGACAGCCCGGAAAACUCACAGCAACCCAAUCAAAGCACUCCCAAUAGACAGCCUCUGCGGAAAAGCCUCCAGAGAAGGAGACUCCACCACACUCUGAGGCAGCCUUUGCCACUCUCCAGGAAGUUCUUCAUAACCUUUUCAGUCAAAACUCUUUCCCUGCCAUUUGAACCCAUUGCUCCCUUGGGCCCAGCCAGGUCUCUAGAGCAGCAGAAAGUCAGUUUUCGCCCUCCCUCCUCCUCAAUGGGGACACCCUUUCAAAUCUUGCACCAUGGUUCUCAUGUUCGCCUUCUCUUCUCCCAGCUAAACAUCCCCAGGAGGAAAUAGAGGGGGAGAAGGUUGGAAGGAAGGGUGGAAGGGGGAAGAGAAAGAGGAAAGGAAGAAGGAAGGAUAGGAUGGUGAGAGAGAGGAGGGCCUGAGAAAAGAGGCCAUGGGGCCGUAUCUGGGCCUGGGUUUGCCCAUCCUGCUGUACAGCCUAGAGGCAGCCCCGGGUCUUCUGGUUCCUUUACGUUGCUCGGCUGCCCUCCGUCUCCCCCUCCUGGGUCUUUCAGAGACUUCCUCUCUUCGCUCACGUCCCAAACCUGUCCUGCGGUCCCUUUCGCCUCAAACACGGUCCUGAUCCUUUUUCAGGACUGGAGGAGAACGAAGUUUGGUACCGCUUUCUCUGCCCUGCCUCAAGGCCGUGGACUCCUGGGAGUCGCAGUUGGGUGAAGCCUGAAGUGCCCUCACUCUUCGGCAGAGAAGGAGUUCCCUGGGUUGCAUCGCAGUGAGCCACGGCAGUCAAAGGGGAGUCAAACCGCAUUCAUUCCAACGAGGCAAAGCUCCCUUUAUACUGCCAUAAAAUAAUCCAGUUCAAAGCAGAUAAUCUGACUUUUUCGCUUCUGGUGUGAGAGAAUUGGCCUUUGCCCAGGGGACGCCGGGAUGUUUGAUGUUUUACCAUCCUUGUGGGAGGCUUCUCAUGUCCCUGCAUGGGGAGCUAGAGUUGACCGACGGGAGCUCACCCGCUGUCCCCUAUUUGAGCUCCUGUCGAGACAAGGGUUUGACACAUUGAGCCAAGGGAGCUGCAAUUUUGCAAGUUGCUCCUGACACAAGAAAACAAAUCUGGCUUUGAUGUGGCAGUGUAGAGGGGGCCAAAGGCUUCCUCCCCCGCUCAGUCCCCAGUCCCUGGCUUUUAGGGAAGGAAGAGUGGUGGCCCCCAGCCUGCCCUUUGCCGCUUCCCCCAUCGCCUCUCUCCGGCCUCUCCCUUCCUUUGGAGCGGCUGCAGCCAGGUUGGGAGUUGUCACCUCAUAAAACUCGGGCAGGCUCCUCAUUUUAGAAGGGAGGCCAAGUCAACUGUCUCCCAUUUUUCUCCUUCUUCCCACAGUCUCACACACAGGCCUACGCAGCUGUAUAAAAUUCACAUUGAACUGGGUUAUAUAGUAGUGUGGGAUCACAGUUCAAAGCGGAGAUUGUGGAUAAUCUGCCUUGGUUAUAUGGCUGUAUGGAAGGGCCCUUAAAAUAUUGUUAAGUUUUUGUAGAAAGUUAAGGCGUUCAGACGAACUCUGGGCCCUCCCACAAAGCCACAUAACCCAGAAUAUCAAGGCAGAAAAUCCCAUAAUAUUUGCUUUGAACUGGGUUGUAUGAGUCCACAUAGCCAUACAUUCCAGUUUAAAGCAUAUAAUGUGGGAUUUUAUUCAGCUGUGUGGAAGGGGCCUCUGUUGUUGGAGCUGUUGACAUUUGACUGGUCCUGAGCACACCUCCCUUCUUCCUUUUCCUUUCCUUCCCCUAUUUCCUCCCUUCUCUUUCCUUGCUUCCCUCCUUCCCCACUCCUUUCCCUUCUUGCUGCCCUCCUUCCCCCUCUCCUUCCAGUGGGACUUGUUUUCCAUUAAUCCUGUGUCCUAGACCUACACUGCCAUUUAAAAUCUAGAUGAUCUGCUUUGAACUGGAUUAUGUGGCAGUAUAAACUCCUAUAAUCCAGUUCGAAGCAGAUCAUCUGGAUUACCUGUUCUGAUAAUCUGGAUUAUAUGGCAGUGAAGAUCCAUCCCUAGAAGUCCAACUAGACUAUAAACAAGUUUGAAGAAGUAACUACUUGACUUUCAGGAUCCCGAUUUGAUUCAGAGCUGCUGUUGGUUUGUUUGUUUUUUUUAAAGGAAGAAACUUGACUUCACCUCUGAGGGAUAAUUAUAUAUUUAUUAUGAUGAAGAUGUGUCCCAAACCAGGCAUGUAACGACAGCCAUAUAUACCAGAAUAUAAAGGCAAACAAUCCACAAUAUCUGCUUUGAACUGGGAUAUAUGGCACUGUGGACUCAGAUAACACAGCUCAAAGCAGAUAUUGUGGGUUAUUCUGCUUUGAUACUCUGGGUUAUAUGGCUGUGUGGAAGGGCCCCGUUCCCCUUUCCUUCUUUCUUUUUCCCCCCACCAGAGUUGCACAGCCGACUUGGCCUGGGUGAGAAAAAUACUAUAUUAUUCCUGUUCAAAACAUCAUUCUUUAGUUGCAGAGAAUGAUGGAGCGGGAGGGGCGAAUUAAUUUCCAACCCCCUUCCUUCUCCAUCCAUCCCACCUUUACUUUUGUAAUAUGUAUAUUUGGAUUAAUGUUUGUGAAUCAAGUUGGCUAACCUGUACUUAGUUUAAUUUCCCCUUUUCCCUUUUUUAUUGUAUUGGUUUUCUGUAAUAUACGGUUUAUGGGGGGAGCAGGGAAAGUUUUUAAGUAUUGGUUUUAACCUUUGACGUGUAUAAAAUGAGUUUGCUGGUGUGUUCUAAUUUAAAAUUAGACGUCUCGACGAUAUCUGUACAUUUAGACUCCGACUGACCACUCUGUUCAUUUUGGAACAAAGAGUUUAAAUAAAAAGCCUGAAGCAGGGGAGAAAAAGA